UCGCUCUGUCUACAAGGAAGAGAUCUCUGUAGCUUCUGCCGAAAGUAAGGAAUUCUCGAACGCUAUGUAGGGUUUUGAAAAGUUUCUUGGCGGCCUUAUUUUACAUCACAUUAUCGCUUUCUGAAAUUGUAUUGAGUUUGUUUGGAGACGAAGUUAAGUACUGAAAAUCUGUUAGGUUUUUGUUUUCGAUGAUAUGUAUCGGAGCAUUCGAGGCUUACGUGCUUGUUCUUAAGUGAUGGUUCAUUGCUUUGGUUGAACGACAGUAUAGAGAAAACGAUUACGUGCUAGUGUAUUCCACGUCUCCGUUUUUGUCUUUUGUCAAUUUUUAUUUUCACGUUUCGCUGAUUAUGUAGUGGGGAAAGGGGGGAUGUUUCUCGCUGGGUUGCCUUUUGAUUUUACUGGAGAGUGAUGAGUCCUAUGUGGAUGCGAGAUUGCGAGGGGAUUUUGAUAUUUCUUUGAUUAUAGAGUGGUGUAUGGGGGUAUAAGCUGGCAAGAUGACGAGGAGGGGGAUACAUUUUAGCAAAUUGUAUUCAUUCUCUUGUUUCAAAUCGUCCUUUAGAGAUGAUCAUUCUCAAAUUGGGCAAAAGGGGUACUCCCGGGUAGUGUAUUGUAAUGACCCUGAUAAUCCUGAGGCUGUUGCCCUCAACUAUAGGGGGAAUUAUGUAUCUACCACUAAGUAUACGGCAGCUAAUUUUAUUCCCAAGUUUUUGUUCGAGCAGUUCAGGAGGGUUGCAAAUAUAUACUUUCUUGUUGUAGCUUGUGUUUCAUUUAGUCCGUUGGCACCUUAUUCGGCGCUUAGUGUUCUUGCACCUUUGAUUGUGGUGAUUGGAGCUACAAUGGCCAAGGAAGCUGUGGAAGAUUGGAGGAGAAGAAAGCAGGACAUAGAGGCCAACAAUCGAAAGGUUAAAGUUUAUGGUAAAAACCAUACUUUCUACGAGACCAAAUGGAAGAAACUCCGAGUUGGGGAUAUUGUUAAGAUACAAAAGGAUGAAUACUUUCCUGCUGAUCUGCUUCUGCUUUCAUCAAGCUAUGAGGACGGAAUUUGCUAUGUUGAGACUAUGAACCUUGAUGGAGAAACUAACUUAAAAUUGAAGCAUGCCUUAGAGGAAACAUCUUCUCUUCGUGAUGAGGAAUCAUUUAAGAAUUCUGUGAUCAGAUGUGAGGAUCCAAAUGAAAAUUUGUAUUCCUUUGUUGGAACACUGGAAUAUAAUGGAAAAUCAUACCCACUUUCUCCGCAGCAGAUUCUUUUGAGAGAUUCUAAGCUGAAGAACACUGAUUAUAUCUAUGGUGUUGUUAUAUAUACAGGGCAUGACACAAAAGUGAUGCAAAAUGCUACAGAUCCUCCAUCUAAGAGGAGUAAGAUUGAGAGGAAAAUGGACAAGAUUAUAUACAUCCUUUUCAGUACGUUGAUUUUGAUAUCAUUUAUUGGAUCAGUGUUUUUUGGUAUUGAGACUGCUAAAGAUAUUAGUCAUGGAAAAUAUAGAAGGUGGUAUCUGCGUCCAGAUAAUGCGACUGUAUUUUAUGAUCCACAUAGAGCAUUGUUAGCUUCAUUUUUCCAUUUCUUGACAGGCCUUAUGCUGUAUGGAUACUUGAUACCAAUAUCAUUAUAUGUUUCUAUAGAGAUUGUGAAGGUGUUACAGAGUAUUUUCAUUAACCAAGAUCAGGAUAUGUAUGACGAGGAAACAGAUAGGCCAGGUCAUGCUCGCACAUCUAAUUUGAAUGAGGAACUUGGUCAGGUUGAUACAAUACUAUCUGACAAAACAGGCACUUUGACCUGCAACUCCAUGGAGUUUGUCAAAUGCUCAGCAGCUGGAACUGCCUAUGGCCGUGGUAUGACAGAGGUAGAGAGGGCUUUGGCUAAGAGAAGAGGCGAUGGACCAUCAGUUGUUGAUGAUACUUCAUCCGAUAUACAAGGCUAUGAUGGCAACAAUGUUGACUCUGGGAAGUCAAUCAAGGGAUUCAACUUCAGAGAUGAACGCUUAAUGAAUGGGCAGUGGAUUAAUGAACCUCAUGCAGAUGUCAUACAGAAGUUCUUUCGAGUGUUGGCGAUUUGCCAUACAGCAAUUCCUGAUGUAAAUAAGGAAUCAGGUGAAAUUUCUUAUGAAGCUGAGUCACCAGAUGAAGCAGCUUUUGUCAUAGCUGCAAGGGAGCUAGGCUUUGAGUUUUUUGAAAGAUCACAGACGAGCAUUGUAUUGCAUGAAUUGGAUCCUGUGAGAGGUAAGAGGGUUGACAGAGUGUACAAGCUUCUUCAUGUCCUAGAGUUCAGUAGUUCUCGCAAAAGAAUGUCUGUCAUUGUGAGGAAUGAGGAGAAUCAGUUGUUACUUCUUUGUAAGGGCGCAGACAGUGUGAUGUUUGAAAGACUUUCAAAAGAUGGGCGGCACUUUGAGGUGGAGACCAAAAAACACAUCAAGAGAUAUGCUGAGUCUGGUUUACGAACCUUGGUAGUUGCAUAUCGUGAACUUGAUGAAGAUGAGUACAAACAGUGGGAACAGGAAUUCCUUAAGGCCAAAACUUCUGUGACACCAGACCGAGAUGCAUUAGUGGACGCAGCUGCUGAUAAGAUUGAAAGGGAUUUAAGUCUUCUUGGCGCUACAGCUGUUGAGGACAAACUGCAGAAAGGGGUUCCUGAGUGCAUUGACAAGCUUGCGCAGGCUGGAAUCAAGAUAUGGGUCUUAACUGGAGAUAAGAUGGAAACUGCAAUAAACAUUGGGUAUGCAUGUAGUCUACUGAGACAAGGAAUGAAGCUAAUUGUGAUCACGCUAGAUUCCCCAGACAUUGAAGCUUUGGAAAAACAAGGUGAUAAAGAAGCUGCUGCUAAGGCUUCGCUCAACAGUGUAACAAAACAAAUACAAGAAGCUAAAUCUCAACUUAGCUCUAUCAAAGAAAGUUCAGACGGAAGUGGAUUGGUGAUUGAUGGCAAGUCGUUGUCUUUUGUGCUGGACAAGAAGUUGGAGAACCUGUUUUUGGAGCUUGCAAUUGACUGUGCUUCUGUGAUAUGCUGUCGGUCUUCACCGAAACAGAAAGCACUUGUAACAAGGCUGGUCAAGACGGGAACUGGUAAAACGACAUUAGCAGUUGGUGAUGGGGCAAAUGACGUUGGUAUGCUUCAAGAGGCUGACAUUGGCGUUGGUAUUAGCGGCGCCGAAGGAAUGCAGGCAGUGAUGGCAAGUGAUUUUGCAAUAGCUCAAUUCCAUUUCUUGGAACGGUUGUUGCUGGUACAUGGCCAUUGGUGUUACAGGCGAAUAACCAUGAUGAUAUGCUAUUUCUUCUACAAGAAUAUCACAUUUGGGUUUACCCUAUUUUGGUUUGAGGCCUAUGCUUCGUUCUCGGGACAGCCUGCUUAUAAUGAUUGGUACAUGUCCUUCUACAAUGUCUUCUUCACAUCACUCCCAGUCAUUGCUCUCGGCGUUUUUGAUCAGGAUGUUUCUGCACGUCUUUGCCUAAAGCAUCCUUUAUUAUAUCAAGAGGGAGUACAGAAUGUCCUCUUCAGCUGGCUUCGCAUAUUUGGUUGGAUGGGUAACGGAGUCCUUAGUUCCAUCAUUAUUUUCUUCUUCACGACGAACUCCAUGAUUUAUCAAGCCUUCAGGAAAGAUGGUCAGGUAGUUGACUUAGAAGUCCUUGGGGCAACAAUGUACACAUGCGUGGUGUGGGCGGUGAAUUGCCAAAUGGCUCUUUCCAUCAACUACUUCACUUGGAUUCAACAUUUUUUCAUCUGGGGAAGCAUUGCCUUCUGGUAUAUUUUCCUAAUCAUUUAUGGUGCUAUGCCUCCCUUAAUAUCCACAACAGCAUUCCAGGUUCUGGUGGAAGCAUGUGCUCCAAGUGUUCUAUAUUGGCUUGUCACCGUUCUUGUCGUCAUCUCCACUCUACUACCCUACUUUUCCUACAGGGCCUUUCAGUCUCAAUUUCGACCAAUGUACCAUGAUAUCAUACAAAGACAACGAUUAGCACGCUCGGAGACUGAAAUUUCUGCUGCAGAAUUGCCUGCCCGGGUCCAAAUCAGAAUCCAUAAUUUGCAGGAAAAUUUGAGGUCGAGGAGCUCUAGUUGACAUCUUUAUGAUUAGUUCUCUUAAAUCACCUCUUUUCCUCUUUCAAGAGUUCUGCAUAUGCCGUAUUGGCUGGUAAAUUUUUUUCAUACAGGUCUAGAGGUGUAUGAAGAGAUGUCUUAACAGUUGUUCUUUUUAUGUAAAUUCUUUCUCAUGUAUAUUAGUGGUCUGAAGCUGAUUAUAAGUUAUAGUCCCUUUUUUUUUGUCCGAAUUGUUAUUUGAACUGUCCAAAUAUCUCACCUCCGAAGUC